UAUUCUGAUGCAUUAUAUUCUCCCGCCUGCAGGAAAAUGAUGUUGCUUUUAUAUGAAGAAGGUUUCCGAGUUGUGAUCCACACCUCUAACUUGAUCCAUGGCGAUUGGCACCAGAAGACCCAGGGGAUAUGGCUGAGCCCACUGUAUCCACGGUUACCGGACGGCAGUCCCGAAACAGCCGGAGAAUCUGCCACCAGGUUCAAAUGGGACCUGAUCGAUUACCUGGUGUCGUACCGGUCAACUGGGCUGAACGAGUGGAUUGGACACAUAAAGCAGCACGACCUGUCACUGACCAGAGUUCACCUCAUUGGCUCCACACCUGGUCGUCACCAAGGCAACGAGAAGCAAAAGUGGGGCCACUUAAAACUCCGAAAGGUGCUGAGCAACUGCAGUUCAUCCGUGCCGAACCAGGAAUCGUGGCCCCUCAUUGGCCAGUUCUCCAGCAUCGGCUCCCUGGGAGGCGAUGAAACAAAAUGGCUGUGCUCGGAGUUUAAGGAGAGCCUUGCAACACUAGGCCCAAAUCAGAGACAGUUCGUCAGCCUGAAGCCGGCUCCUCUUCAUUUGGUUUAUCCGACAGUCGAGAACGUCAGAACAAGUUUGGAAGGAUAUCCAGGUGGAGGUUCUCUUCCCUAUGCCAUCGACACAGCCCAGAAACAGCCUUGGCUGCCCACAUUCAUGAACUGCUGGUCGGCGGAGGUCACAGGUCGAAGCCGGGCCCUGCCCCACAUCAAGACGUACAUGAGGGCUUCGCCAGAUUUCAGAGAGCUCGCGUGGUUUCUCGUCACCAGCGCCAACUUGUCCAAGGCUGCCUGGGGAACGCUGGAGAAGAACGGCUUCCAGCUGAUGAUCCGCUCGUACGAACUGGGAGUUCUGUACCUGCCUGAGGCCUUUGGAAUGGAAUCGGGUCGCUUCCUGGUUCGGAGGGAUCCAUCGCUGGACUGCAAGCCCUCAGUGAUGCCAUUUCCUGUCCCUUACGACCUCCCACCUCAGCGCUAUGGCAACCGAGAUCGCCCAUGGAUUUGGAAUAUUCCGUACCUCCAUGCUCCCGAUACCCACGGCAACGUCUGGGCUCCGUCAUAGGGAGCGGGAGACCCUGUUGUGGAUCCUAGUCCCAGACAGAUGGAUACAAUUGAAACAUCAGCGCAUUUCACCCUGGCCCACUGAACCCUUGUGCGGUUUGCUCUUUGUCGAGUCGUUUAUACGUGUGUGUGUGUUUUUGCAGAAUAAAGAUUUUGGUACACAAUUA